GGUCAUGUCAUGUCAUGCUGUGAACUUUGUGGAGUUUCAGUGCUGUGGAGUGGGUCGGGGACAGCAGGACACACUGACAGGACAAAUUUUGUGACGUCAUCAUGGCUGAGAAUGGAAAACCCACUGAGCUGGACACAGAAAUGCCUUCAGCACCACAGGAAACGCAGACUGUGAUAUCUCGAGUGAGUAACCUGCCCCUGGUGAGCUCAGCGUGUGACGCCGUGUCCAGUGCGUACACCAACACGAAGGAAAGCAUCCCGGUGCUCAAAGGUGUGAUGGACGUGGCUGAGAGCGGAGUUCGGACCCUGAGCAGCGCCGCCAGCUCAGGAACAAAACCUAUACUGGAUAAACUUGAGCCACAAAUUGCCGUGGUGAGCGAGUACGCCAUGAAAGGGCUGGACAAGAUGGAGGAAAAACUUCCUGUCUUACACCAGCCAGCGGACAGGCUGGUGUCUGAGACAGUAGGAAAGGUGUAUGAGUGUGUGUCAGGAGCGAAGGACAUGGUGGUGGGGGCGAUGAUGGGCGGAGUGGAGAAAACCCGCACGGCCCUCAGCGGGAGUAUUAACACCGUCAUGGAGUCCCGCGUGGGGCAGAUGGUCAGCAGUGGAGUGGGUUUGGUUCUGAACCGAUCGGAUGACUGCGUGGAGCAGAAACUCCCUCUCACUGAGACAGAACUGGCCGCAGUCGCAGAGCCUCUACCGAAAGACGAGGACAAAACCUCACUGAGUGACGAAAGCGUGGCUUCCCAAAGCUCCGCUCCCAGCUACUUUGUGCGCCUGGGGAAACUCUCAGCCCAGGUUCAAGAGCGAGCGCUGGAGCUGUCCCUCAUUAAGGCCAGCGCUGCUCGGGAUGCCACUCACAAAGCUGUGUCCCAAAUCACCAGCACACUGGACCUGCUGGAGAACCUGAGAGGAUCCAACACACUGGUGGAAGCACCGGAGCAACUCCUCAAGAGGUGGAGGGAGUGGAGACAGGAGGGGGUGGGGCAGGAGCAGGGAGCAGAAAACACAGAGGAGGAUGACAAAGAGAACAGAGAGCAGCUGGAAUGGCGAGCUCUGUCCAUGGUCCGUGCUCUGAGCGAGCAGUUGCGUGUGGCGUGUUCAGGUGUCGUGUCCAGUGUUCAGGGUCUCCCCAGCACCGUACAGGAGCAGCUGCUGAACGCACGACGCUCAGCCGAAGAGCUGCACUCGUCCCUCGGCAAAACCAAGAUGCUCACACCGGUGCUGCUCCAACAGAGUCGAAACCAGCUCACACAGGUGAGACAGUCCCUGGAUGGAGUGAUGGAGUAUCUCCUGAAUAACACUCCCCUGAACUGGUUAGUUGGGCCAUUCUCACCCCAGCUGACGGAGAAACCACCGAACACAGAGUAGAGCUUUGAGAAAAUAAAACAUUAAAAUGUGCCUUAAAUUUAUAGUGUGUAAACUCUUUUACCUGCAACAUGACCACAGGAUAAUCAAUACAACAUUUCCUGUUAAAAUCACUCAUGAAUCAUUCGGCCUUACCACUGACGAGUAAAUUAUUGCAUCAACUUAUAGCAGGCUUAAGCAUAGAAGUAUCAGUGAAUCAUUUGGUAGAACCACUGUGAAUCAUUUGGCUUUACCAAGGUCAAGACUUUUCCACUGUCCUUUCAACCAUAUUUCAUUAGCGAAUCAUUUGGCUUUCCUAUCAAAUCACUAGUGAACCAUUGGGGUUUAUAACAGAAAUCAUUAGUGAAUCAUUUGGCUUUAACACACAUGAAUCAUUUGGCUUUACUAUCAAAUCACUUGUGAAUCAUUUGGCUUUGCCACAGAAAUCAUUAGUGAAUCAUUUGGCUUUAACACAUAAAUCACACAUGAAUCGUUUGGCUUGACUAUCAAAUCAGAGGUCAACAAUUUGGCUUCGCCACAGAAAUCACUCAUGAAUCAUUUGGCUUUAACACAAAUCACACGUGAAUCAUUUGGCUUUACUAUCAAAUCACUAGUGAGCCAUUUGGCAUUACUGUAAAAUUAUGAGUGAAUUAUCAUCUGGCCUUAUCAGUUCAUCAUCUGGCCUGAUGAUAGAAAUCCCUUGUGAAACAUUUGGUCUUACCAUUAAAAAAAACAUUGUUUGUAUUAUAUAAAUAAUUAGUGGAUUAUUUGGCUCUACUAUAGAAACAGUUAUUGACUUUUUUUUUCUUCAUUUAUUGAAUCAGAAGUGAAUCGUUUGCUGCUCGCAAAGGAAUCCUAUGAGAAUGGUUUGAUUUUAUUGCAAUAAUUGCUAGUAAAUUUUAUCAAUCCCCAAUGACUCAUCCAGCAUGACCAUGGAAUCACUAGUGAAUCAUUUUGUUUUAUAAUAGAAUCAUGAGUGAAUCAUUAUCAUUUUGGUGUCAACAUUUCUCGUGCACUUUGGAGGAAGCCAUGUGCAUUUCAGCUUCAGUAAAUACACAGAUAAUGCAGGUGGCUGAAUACCAAACUUGGGAUUUUAAAUGUUUAACCCCCUUUUUUUUUUUAAAGUGAGGAUCACCGGAGUUAUUCAUGGAUGUGUUUUUCCAGUGUAUUCUAACGUAAUUUUAGCAGUGCAGAGUUGCUCAGCAGCAAUUUACUCUCAUUCAGCAAUAAACUCUAUCUGUGAAAAACAUUGUUCUACAGUAAUUAAAGUCAUUAUUAUAACUGUGAA